CUGCACUGUGUCGUGUGGGAGUGAAUCUGGUCUGACAGGUUUUAGUCUCGUUCCCAGGGACCUGCUGAGUUUCUAGAUCUCUCCGCUGUGUGUUUGUAAGUUGUUGUCAUAUGAUCUGCUGUAUCAGGAUUACUCCAUUAUCUCCUCUGUAAGCUCAUCUUCAUGAACACAAGAGCAGGUGUGUACCUUUGUGAGUGUGGAGAGAGAAGUGUUGGGUUCAUCAAGGUAGAGGCGUUCAGCUGUUAAAGUGGCGAGAGGUAUGAGAACUGAACAUGGACUCUGUCUGAAGCGCUUUCUAUCGGACUCAAUCCUGCUGAUCUAACAGACGCGUGAUGCUGUGCUUUCUGCUCCUGACGCUUCACUGGAUGAGCGUCACUGAAGCGCUGCAGUCGUCCAAGGAAGAUGGCAAAAGGCCGUAUAUUUACCGCUGCCGCUCGCCCAACAUGGAGAUCUUCACCUGCUGGUGGCAUCCGAUCGCUAAUCAGGACAACGUCACCUACACGCUCCUGUACACCAUGGGUGAGCGUGCUCCUCAGGAGUGUCCUGAUUACGUGAGCGGCGGCAUCAACAGCUGCUUCUUCGAUGCCAAACACACUCAGGUCUGGGAGAUGUACUGCAUGAACGUGACGGCACACACGCACACGGGGCCCAUCACCUCUAAGAAACACUGCCUGGACGUGGUCGAGAUAGUGGAGACCGACCCACCCUUUAACUUGACAUACAUCAUGCUGAACGAGAGCAUCGGUGAAGUCGGCCGCAGUGUUUUAGUGUCCUGGCUGCAUCCGACUGAGUCUCUGGUGCAUGAGCAACUGAUGAUGCUGGUCUACGAGCUGCGCUACAGAAAUCUCGCUCAGCCAGACAACUGGAGGGGAAUGGAGCGUUUGCGCGAGCCACAUGUGGAGUUUUUGGAUCUGCCGGUGGGAAGGUAUGAGUUCAGUGUGCGCUGCCGCACCACCAGCAACAAACACUGGAGUGUAUGGAGUGAGUCCAUCAUCGUCACCAUCAACGGCAGAGCUCUGUCCGAUCAAAUGUUGGCCUUGAUCCUUGUGACCAGCAUCGCCAUCAUGAUCUUCAUCAUCUUCACUUUGGGGAACAUCCCACGAAGCAAGAGCAGGAUUAAAUCAUUCUUCCUGCCAGCGAUUCCCAAACCGCGCAUCCCAGGACUUGAACCCGCUCUGCUGAAGAAGGGGAAUAUUGAUGAGAUCAAUCAGCAUUUCUCCAGUUUUCACUGCUACAAGUCGCCACAGUACUGCACGGAAACGUGGUACCAGGUGAGCGAGGACACGAGUCCGGCUGUGACACCCAGCAGCAUCCAGUCUGACGGUAUACAGGAGGAUGUGCUGAUCAGGACAAUCACACCGUGUGUGUUGAUUGGGCCAAUCAAGCAGUACGUCACCUGCCCUGACGGACAACAGUCUGUUCAGACCAACUGCACUCCUGCACCUUACUGCCGCAGCCCCACCCCCUACUGUCAGGAAGACACGCCCCCUGCUGACCCUGGCUCCGCCCAACCAGAGCUCACAUCUGUCCGAGGCAUGGACUACAGCAUGAUUCUAAGCCCCGCCCCCUACUGUGUGGAAGACACGCCCCUUGCAGACCCUGGCUCCGCCCAACCAGAGCUCACAUCUGUCCGAGGCAUGGACUACAGCAUGAUUCUAAGCCCCGCCCCCGCAGCGCCGCCCACUCAAGACUUCUACAUGUGUGUGGAUGGCGUGACGCUCGCUGGCACACUACAUCUGGUGCCCUACCUGCCGCUCAAUGAGGGAGCGGAGUACGAAGCAGACAAGAACAGCCAGCUGGCAGCGCUGCUGGAGAAGCAGAUGGAGGCGCUGUUGAGCACGAUCGAGUCGAACCCGAGCGAAGCUGUCAUGCCUUCACAACCUCAUUCACCAGACAGGAGCUGCAGAAGCAUCUAAUAACACACACAGAAACGAGCAGCGUAUUAGCAGCAGUGCAGCACCUGUUAAAGUGCUAAGUCUAGUUUCGCAGUACUGCUCCUGCUCGAUUAAAGAGAUAAUGCAAUAAUAUGGACUAAAUGAACAUGAUUUUAAUUUGAUUCAUUGAGUUUAGUUUGGAAAAAUGUGUAGAUUUCAUAUGAAUUAUAGAAAGUCAAGUAAUUUAUUUACCUACCAGUCAGAUUAAUUUUUCGUCCUC